AUGUUUGACUUAAGUUUCUCAAUCUCAAGGCUAUUGGCUAUUUCAGAUGCUUUUGGCCCUGUUGUAUUGGGAUGGUUGGUUACUGGAUUAUUUGGACUCUUGGCUGUUCUGUUCGCCCUCCUUAGGUGGCAGAAAAGAACAUCUUUAAAUUGGGUGAAAGCUGCUGCUAGAGCAAAGCAAAAAGCAUGGAAAAAGCUGAUUGUUCCAGUAUCACAUCAUACAUGGGCUGAAGAUUAUGGUUGUGGUGAACAGCUAUCCACAUGCUCUGUUUGCCUUACUUCUCUGUCAUUCUCUCAAAACUUAGGUACAAAGAUAGUGUUUCACACUCCUGUUCAUCGCUGUGCUGUUUGUGGUGUAGCUGCUCAUUUCUAUUGUUCCCAGUUUGCCACAAAAGACUGUAAAUGUUUUGCUCAAGCUGGUCAGAGCCACGUGCAACACCAUUGGUCAGAAAGAUGGUUCAAGAUGGAUGAUAAUCCUGAAUCUUCGGCAUUUUGCUUUUACUGUGAUGAACCUUGUGGUGUUCCUUUGAUUGAUGCUUCUCCUACAUGGCAUUGCAUGUGGUGUCAGCGUCUCAUACAUGUUGCUUGUCAUGCCAAGAUGUCAAAAGAAUCAGGGGAUGUCUGUGAUUUAGGUCCUCAUAGAGAUAUCAUUCUUUCUCCUUUGUGUGUGAAAGGAAUUGAUGUAAGAUCGGUGAGAAGCUUAAGCUCGAUAAGAGAAGAAAUGAUAGCAUCUACUGUUCGUGGAGAAAUGCGGCGAAGGCGCAAUCGGAACAAAAAUGGAACAAGUCGCUCUAUUAGUGGCAAGUUCGAGGAUGUGCCAACUGCUGAUUCUCCACUCCGUUAUAUGCUUAAUGGUAUAGCUACUUUGAAGAAAUGCUACAGUGAGAAAAAUUUGGACUUUUUGUCAAAAAAUGGCAAAACAUAUGGCUCAAAAGGAAGUAAUGUUGGAUUAAUCAAGAAGAAGGGUGGAACAUUAACAUACGGACAAACCAAGAAGUACAAGCUAGUGGACUUGCCAAAUGAUGUUAUACCUAUUUUAGUUUUUAUAAAUACCAGAAGUGGUGCACAGAAUGGGCCUUCUCUCAGGAGGAGACUGAAUAUGCUCUUGAAUCCUGCACAGGUGUUUGAAUUGAAUUCUUCCCAGGGUCCUGAGGCUGGUUUGAAGCUGUUUAGCAAUGUGCCAAAUUUUAGAGUAUUAGUAUGUGGUGGAGAUGGUACUGUUGCAUGGAUUCUUGAUGCAAUUGAAAAAUUUAGCUUUGAGUCACCUCCACCUGUUUCCAUUCUUCCGUUGGGCACAGGAAAUGAUCUCGCAAGAGUUCUACAAUGGGGAGGGGGUUUCUCUAAAAUUGAGGGACCUGGCUUAAGCAACAUUUUACAUGAAGUUAAUCAUGCAGCUGUUACAAUGGUGGACCGCUGGAAAGUUGAUAUUAAAGAAGAAAACUUGAACAAUGAUUCAGAUAAUAUGCGCUCGAAAUAUAUGAUGAACUAUCUAGGUAUUGGAUGUGAUGCCAAAGUUGCUUAUGAAUUUCACGUGAACCGGGAGGAAAACCCUGAGAAAUACUAUAGUCAGUUUGUGAACAAAUUGCGAUAUGCCAAGGAAGGUGCCAGGGAUAUGAUGGAUAGGGCUUGUGCAGACUUACCGUGGCAAGUUUGGCUUGAAGUAGAUGGGAAGGAUAUCCCGAUUCCUAAGGAUGCUGAAGGUUUGAUCGUUCUCAAUAUCAGUAGCUACAUGGGUGGAGUAGAUCUUUGGCAAAAUGACUGUGAGCAUGAUGAUCAUUUCACUUGUCAAUCAUUGCAUGAUAAGAUGCUAGAGGUUGUUUGCGUCUCUGGAGCAUGGCACCUUGGAAAGUUGCAGGUUGGUCUUUCUCAAGCCAGGAGGUUGGCCCAGGGUAGCAUCAUAAGAAUACAUAUUUCCAGCGCUUUCCCAGUUCAAAUAGAUGGGGAACCAUUUAUCCUACAGCCUGGCUAUCUAGAAAUAUCACACCAUAAGCAGGUGUUUAUGUUAAGGAAGUCGUCUGAAGAACCUAAUGCCCAUGCAGCUGCAGUGAUGUCAGAUGUUUUGUUGGAUGCUGAGUGUAAAGGCAUUAUUAACUCCUCUCAGAAAAGAGUUCUAAUUGAGCAGAUAGCUCUUCGCCUUUCAUAGUGAAAAGUUGGGCUUUCUUUUUUGUUUCCCCUUCUCAUAUCUCUUUAUUAGCGCUAAUUUUCCUGCUUAGUGCUAACGUUCAGUCAUUAGGGAGUUAGGAAAGAAGAGUGGGGUUUGUCAUCUUCUUUCUCUCUCUUUUUUUUGGUUCAAUUACCCAUCCUUGAGCUCUUUUCACUUGGCCUUGGUGCACAUCCAAACUUGCUAGUUGACGAAAACUCCCGUGUUGUAGUCAAGUACAUAUGAAAGUAUACAAAGGUACAGUUUUGCCUCAAAUGGAUAUAGAGAAUUAGAAAUUUUGGUGUGUUUGAAGAGUAACCACGACGUAUAGAUUGAGAUUUAAGUAGAUAGUUCUAAUUGUGUAAAGCAUGUGAUUUACAUAGAUAAUUAAUUCUUAGAACAGUUUGCAGAUUGUAAAGACAUGUAUCCUCAAAUGUAACCGAAUGAAUUAUCUCAUGUUGCUGUAAUUUUCCCUGUUUUCUCAACAUUUGUCUCAUUUUCCAUACUUUUUCACCA